AUGUUUGCUGUCCCAACUGUCGGGAGACCUCCAGGCUUUCCACUCAAGCGAAGGAGGAAAGCCAGGAAGGUGCUGUACCCAGCCCAGGUGAGAAAAUAUUUGCCACGUCAGGAGAAAGACCUAGUCAAGCGGUGGCUGCUCUUCUUUGCCGGCAUCAUCCUCAU